AUAUUUUCCCACGGCAACCAGAGGCAUCGUUUUACUGUCCCGAACACAGGACCCAACAGGCUGUUUGUAUGGGCAGAAUGGACACUGUAUAGGCGACCUUACCAGCGCAACAAACGUGCCAUUGUCAAGUAUCAAUAUCACACCGUUUAUUAUUAGGUUGACCUGGAACAACGCUUGAUUCCUGCGUAAGUUAGGGGUAAGUAGAUGGUCAGUCUGUUAGCGUUGGCUAGCUAACUAUUAACAGAAAGCUAACGGCAACUGGGGACAAGCUGCACUGCUAGCUGGGAACGCUAGUGUUAGCAUUCAUGGUACACAGGGACAACUCUAGAUGCCUUUGGAGGAAAAUUCGUCCAGUGUUAUUUGUUUUACAGUCAUUGAGGGCGUUUUAUCAAUGACAGUUCACACUUUAAAUCGACGUGGCGUCUAUUGACGUUUGUAGUACUAUAGCUCAUUCUUGACCUGGAUUUGGUCUUUGGGUUCAGGUUUCCUUUUGGUUAACAGUUGGAUCUGAAAAACAAAACAAAACAAUAGACAGUCAUGAUAUCGCUUAUCUACUUGAGGUUUCCAGUGUUGACACUUUUAUCGUCAGAUUGUGUUAUCUUUGUAUAGCUUGUUUAUUUUGUUGGACCACGGAUGACUUCCUUAAACCUCCCUUUGCUGUAGCAGGACUCGCGCUGUGUCGUCAUCAAUUACUGCAUUGAUCUCUUGCUUGGUAGCCUAUAUGAUAGCCUAUGUUUUCUCAUAUGUAUGUUUUUGACUGUGUGAAAUCUACCUUAAGUAAAUAAAGACGUAGGUUACAUUUAUUUGCUCGACGAAAGAUACUCAAACAGGGCAGGGAAGUAGCAACUAUUGGUUGUAUGGUAGGGGAGAGUGGGGUAAGUUGAGCCACCCCCUGUUGCUUGGAAAUAGUUAAAGAAAUUGAUCAUGUGACCAAAUAUUUAGGAGAUGGGCAUCAAUUCAUGAGGUCUGUGAAGGUUAGAAGCACAUGGGUGAAGGGGUUAGGAAAGCAACAAAAAGAAGAAACCAUGGUUCACAUACAGAAAGGGCUAGAUUUCUUUUGCUCAUGUAUUAACAGAAAGAGUACAAGUUUGCUGACCCUAACUAACCUGUGUAUCCAGUUUGGUGAUAGCUAUGGGAGGACUGGGAAAUGGUCGUCGUGGAGGAAGAUCACCUCCUCUGAUGAUUGGCGCUCUGAUUGCCUGCAUCCUGGUUCUGGGCUUUAACUACUGGGUGUCAAGCUCCCGCAACCUAGAGCUACAGGUGGGUUAAGCUAUUUAUGCUUUUAGGGAUGCACUGAUCUGAUAAAUAUUGCAAAUAUUGUUUUGAACUGACUUUGAACUCUUUUCUUUGUGUGAUACAGACCAAGCUGUAUGAGCUAGAAGGCCAGGUGCGACGAGGUGCAGCAGAACGAGGAGUUGCAGAGCUGAAGAAGAAUGAGUUCCAAGAAGAAAUCCAGAGACAGAAGGAUCAGAUCAGCCACAUAGAAAGUCUUUACAAGAGACAGCUGGAAGGAGCCCAGAACACCUGCAGUCAAGAGAAGGUGCACACAGACACCACUGGUCGCUUUUACAUGUCCAAGUCUGCAUUGCAGUUCAUAAUAAACUCCCAUGGCAUCAUGGGAAAUAUGACAUCGCAACAUUGUAACAUGCCAACUGUAAAGCUACUGCAUUUAUUUGCUGUGUUUGUGCUUGUUUUUGUCAGGGGGUACUGCAGCAGAACAUAACCUCCAGCACCAAAACCCUUCAAGAACUCAAAGGUAUGUAUUAGAAAUCUAACUUAAUGUCUUACUGCAGAAACAUUUUUACUGAUAAUUCAUGGCAUUUGAUGUCUUGUGUAUGUAUGUCUGUACUGUAGGUCAGUUGAAUCAGCUGAAUGAUGAUCUGGUGAAGCUUCAGAAGGAGCUGCAGAGUUGCCAAGGGAACAUCAAAACCCUCAACAACAAACUCACAUAUGACAUGUAAGGCAACGAUUAACUACCCCCUACAGUUAAAUUUGACACGUCUAUUCAACUCGAAAUCAAGUUGAAUCUUGCAUUUUAUGUCUUGCAUUUUAGAUAUAUUAUAGCAUUUUAUGUUUUUAUUUAUGUAUGUGUACAUGUGUAGGACCCACUGUAACUCCCAGGUCCUGUCCCAGAAGGAGCUGUGUGAUGAGAGAGUGGCAGCAGCCAAACUUGAAGUUCAGAAGAAAAUGGAGAAGCUCAUUGCUGCUCCAGGUGUCUCACCUGUGAGUUGCCCUUUUUGUGUGGGGAUCUACAAAGCCGAAGGGUGUAAAUUCAGACUGCCACAAUAUACUGAUAAUGACCGUAACUCUACACCAAAUAAAAAAAAAGAUGUUAUGCUAAAAACAGGUAUAUUGUAAUAGGAUUGGAGAAAAGAGCCAGAGCAGACCAGCUUGUUUUGUAAACUCAAACAACAUCAGCUUUUUAAAGUCGGACCCACUUCUAAUCCUUGGUUCAUAUUCAUCCUUUACCCUCGCACAGCGCCAUAGAACUAAUAUGUGUUUGUGGGCUUUCCCAGAAGUUUGAAGUGCUCCAGGUUACUUGGAAAACAAAUUCCAUCGGAUUUUAGAUCAGUGCAAAAUAUAAGCUCUCUGGCGAAUAGAUAUUUAUGACAUUGUCAGAUUUUUAGCAGGAUAGUUGGUUUAAUCAAAGAGUACUUAGUCCAUUUUUAAGCUCAAAUGCAGACCGUAGACACAAAGAAAGAGUAUGUUGAGUGAAUGCUUUCUUAAUUUCUUCAAUAUGAAGGCAUAAAAAAUUCACAAGUCGGGGAUUUCUUCAAAUGAAUGAAGUUCUGCUAUAUAAUGUACAGAAAAUAUUGUCAGUAAUAGUCAUCCACAGAGUUUAUAUUUCAGUCAUUUAGAUGAUGAGAUAAGUACAAGGGAAAAACAGCGGCUUAUAAAAGGACUAGUUCCUGCAUCCUCUUUUGUAUAAAAUGAAUAGAUCUUUAUUUCUUGGCUGGCUUUGAGGCUUCUUUUGCAAUGAUGCUCCACUGCUUUUUUUUACUUUGAAUAAGAGGUUUUGUUGAUAUUUCCCCUACAACAGGAAAACGCAGUGGAUGGAGCGGUCCAGACUGGGUCUGAUGCAGUUAAGACAUCAACUGUUGUAAGCCAUACACCAACCCUCUCUCAGCCCAAAGCAAAGGAACCAGCUGAACUCCUAACCAAUGAGAUCGUGGUGGAAAAUGGUAAUAUACGCAGAUGGCUCAGUGGCUCAGUUUUACAUAAUGUUAAUGCAUGCGUAUAAAUAACAUGCAUGCAUCUAUGUACCUAUUGCCACAUAACUGUGUGCACACUUUCAUGUAUUUUUGUGUUGUGCAACUUCACAGGUCCAGAUUCUCCACUUGACCUGGCCCCAGCAAAGGACGUUACGGUACCCUCAGUGACUGCAGACAAGCAGGACAUUUUGUCACCACCAGAGGGGGCUGUUACAACAGAGGGGGGUGAGGCAGGGACCAGUAAACUUCUGAAGAAUAACUUGACAGAGGAUAAAGACAUGGAAGUGAUGGAUGCUCAUGAAGAGGGCCCUGCACAGACAGAGGGUAAAAAGAACUCCAUUUUCAUCUGUCAGAAACUAUAAAAAAAAAACACUUCAUGCUAAACUGUUCUGCACAUUCUUAAUGAUAAAGUUGAAAAAUUAAUUGAACGUUUCCUCCAGAAUCAGAUCCAGGGAUGGAAGGCAUGUUGCUUAGCCAGGUGAAGGCAGAUGAUUCUCCAGGCCAAAAACUGGACGAGCAAGAGGAGUAUGAAACAGAAGAUCAAGUCGUGGGUGAAGAUGAUUUGGAGAAACAACAGCAGGCAAAACGGGCUGAAAAUAUAGGUGUGUGUCCAAAAAGAUUAUCGAAAAGUGUGAAGAGUGUGACACCCAGAGAUUGAUCUUUACUGCACAAUACCUGUAAGUGAACUGUGUAAAAUAACCAUAUUGUGCGCUCUGACAGACAAGGACAUGGAGGAGGAAUUGGCUGACUACAAUGGUGAUGAUGAGAAUGAAGGCGAGUUUGAAGCAGACAAACAGGCUGAGCUUGCUCAAGUCUAAGGUACACCCUGAAAAUUGCAGUGUCUGCGCACACACACACACACACACACUCUCACUCACUUUCUCUUUCUUCAUGUAUUGUGUCAAGUGAAAGCAUUGUAAUCUUUUUUUUUUAACAUGUUAAGAUUGUGCUGAAACUCUCUUGCAGGGCUGGAGUUGGAGAAGGUGCCUGAACACCUCACAAUUUGAAAGCAGAACCGAUUGUUCAUCUCAGCGUACUAACAGGUUAAUGCAACCCUCCAAACUCAGCAGACACCUAAGAAACACAGAUGAAUAUUUACGCUAUGAAGGCUCCUGACAUUUUGGUAUGGGUUGUUUAUUUCAUUUGCAUUUGUAUCCUGGAACGUCCUCUCAUUUUUCAUCUUAAUUGCAUUUUGCACUAUUGAUUUGGCAUCUAUUUGAAAGAAUUUAAUUUGGGAUAUUAAGGUUAGAGUAGUAACGACUUGAAAUACAUUUCUUAACAUUCUGAAAGAUCUACAAAAAGAUGUAAAUGUACUUUGAAAACACAGACUCAUUUCUUUGUUCUCUCCUGAAAUGAUGGACACAACUUCAUCAAGACCUGACACCAACUUACUUGAAACCAAACAUUCAACAUCUCAGCAUUUAGUUAUGAAUUGGUUUAGGUCUUGGGAUUAGAUUUCUGUUUAUUCUGUAUUGACUGUGUUAGUUCAUGAUGGGGAUGUGCCGACCCUUGAAGGACUAUGAUGGCUGCAGCACAGGCCUCAUUCUUUCACAGGUUCUAAAGCAUUUCAGUAGAUACCUUGAGUUAUUCCUGUACAGAUCUCUCAUGAAAAGACAAUAAGUGUGGGUCGGUGGCUGGGAUGUUUUUUCUUUCUAAAAUGUCUGUCAGUGUACAUAAAAAGAUUUCCAAAUUAGCAGCAAAUUAAGCAAGUGUGCUAAAAUUGUAGUUAGAUCGUUUAGUGCAUUUGUGUCAUUUUGAUGUUAAAGCAAAUCAUUGGAGAAAACAGAAACAGCAACUUUGCAUGCACGCUAGAUAACAUGAAAAGAAAAAGUCAAACUGGCAGGCUAACCUUGGAGGCAAAUCAAGUAUGAAACUUUAACAGAUUAUGUACAAACUAUAUUAUCAUUUCCAAGUAAUGCUAAUAUAGUUUAUCCUAUGCCAAUCCCUUUAUUUGUCUCUGUAAUAUUUUAGUGGCAGCAAAACGUUGAUUCUCAGCCGUUCAAAGCAUCGGCUUUAUACAGCUGAUCAUUACUGCAGCGGAUCAUUUAAAGAGGAUUGGCGAAGAUGAGAGUUUGGCACACAGAGAUUAUAUCUAUGGUUAAACAUUUGUCUCUUUUUAAAGCAUGCUUUGGAAGUUUGGUAUGCACCAGUUUUCUCUGCUGUUAGUUACUUCUCAGUGAAGGUCAGAUGUACAGUCUUAUUACAUGUUUACUGAUUGUUCAUCUCUCCAGAGUUUUUGUGAAAUCUCUUUUUAGAUACUGUUUCUGUUCUACUACAUUCAGUUGGCAGCAUAUAUUGUGCAAAAGGCAGAGCGAGAGAGUCUGGGAGUUGCUGUAAUUUUGUGAAGGACAUCUCCUUAAAGCAAGAGCAGUGUGCUGUGCUUUAAGGCCUCUGCCAAUCUAGUUCAUGUGAUGUGCUAAAAUGUAUGAAUUUGUCCUCUUUGUUCUACUUAAAGCUGCACUAGACUGGCACUGUGCGGGGAAGUGCAGACCUUAACUAGUUUUAGGGAUCAAUAGAAACAAACAGUUGGUUUAAUUUUGUGGCAGGAUUUGUAGUUGCCUUGUAUUUUAUGUACAGGACAGAUGAUUUAUUUUAAUUCACAGGCAAUCUGUUAUAUGUAUGUAUGUUUAGUGUUAUUUGACAGAUUUUUUAGUUUGUUUUGUUUUAAUCUAUAAAUCUAUACAGCUGAUUUGCCAUCAACUGAAAACAGUGUGAAAAUUAACCAUGUGAAGUAAUUAUCUGUAUGGACUUCAAUGAUUUUCCUAUUUGAGCUUCAGUGAUGGAGUUACAUGGUGUACACCUGCCAGGUUCAUGUAAAGGUUCUUAUUUCAUUCCAGCAAAGACAUCACUGUGCAUAAAGCAAGUAAACUAUAAAAACAAAUGGAUAUUUUUGACUUUAACCAUGGGUCAGACAAGACGAUGUAGUACACUCCAUAUGUUUUUACGUAAUAUGGGCAAAUUUUUUUUUGCAUUGGAACUUUGAGGAAAAAAAGUUUGAGUGUGUUUUUGCUAAUGCUUGACCAUAUGUGUUUUUUAGACUUAAAUUCAAAGUCUCUGUAGGGGCUGACUUGAUCAGCUCCGAUUUCAACAACAGGCUCACAGUCUGAGCUCAUCUAUUUCUUAACUUAUUUUUUUUCCAUGCAGACCUGGUCUUAAAUAAAAAAACACAUGAAGAAUAUGAGUGCUCAUGGCAGGUUUGAUGACCACAUAGUUCUUUGAUUUUAAAAAGGGGCUGUUACAGUUUUAAACAACACCUCUGGAUGCCUGUAUGAAAAACAAUCUUGUUUCCUUUGGUUCAUCGUGAGGAAAAUGUUUUUGAGACUUUCUUUCCGUUCAAUGUAAUUUUAUUUCCAGUGCUGUGGCUGAUUGGUUGGUUCUGAUGAUGAAAAGUUUGAACAAAUUCUGCUUCUUGUUCGUCAGAGAGCUUCAGCUGUCUAUUUGUGUACAAUUUUUGGUGUAACUGUUGAGAAUUUUUUAUAUAAAUUUGAUUUAUUUUUCUGUUGAUUACAUGUGUUUGUAUUUUAUUAGAACUGCUGAAUUAAUUUGUGAAAAGAUCAAAUAAUCAUAGGCUUCAUUGAUGACGGAUAAUAAAAAAUGUGUUUUUAUUACCACUAUCAA